UUUACUUUGACUGGGAUGGCAGUUUUGUUUUGUUUUCUCCAGUGUCACUUCACUGAUUUAAAAUUUUCAAUUUAGGUUACAUAUUUAAUGUAUCUAAAAAUAAUAUUUAGAACUGUUUCGAGAAGUUUAUUUACUAUGAGUUCCUCUUUUUUUUUUUUUUUUUUUUUUUUUUGUCAGGUAUAGACAGAUAUAAUGCUAUCAUAAAAUUGAUCGUACAUUUUCCUUUCUUAAUUAAAAAACGAAGUUUUGUCGCAAAAGUACUUGAGAUAAAUUUAGGUCACAAAAUAAUCUUAAGAGUAGAAUCUAUUUUUAUUGUAUUAUUAUUAUUAUAAUUAUUAUUAUUUUUGAACAAUUAAAUUUGAAUGCAACAUUUUUACAUUGUUUUGCUGGCAUUUCAUUUCAAAUUGGUACUAUAAGAAUAAUUAAUAUUUGCAGAAUAUGAGCCGAGAAUGGGUGAAACACGAAAAUUGUUUAAUAUGUGCUAUUUUUAUUCGUUCUUUAAACAUGGUGAAUAAUAAGAAUCGGUGUCAUUAACUAAUUUUGACAAGAGCAAAUACGUUUUCUUCCCUGUUUUCCUAAAUUUUUCAAACCUAGUAAUUCUUUUAGUGAAACACCAAUGUGAGCGGAAAGUUCAUGUGCUUACUUGAAAACUCUCAAGGAAGAAAAUAAGUCAAGAGAUUUUUUUAAUACGAUUUUUAUAUUUUAAUACUGAAUCAAUAAAAUGUUUUGUCUUUUAUUGAAAAGAAAAUUUUAGUUCCUAUAUCGAUAAAAUAAUAAUAAAAAAGAUAAGAUUUAUUUUAAUUUUUUUUUCUUAGUUUACGCAUGCCGAAAAUAUCUAUAGUGUUUGGUUUGUUUUUGAAAGCUUUUUACUUAAAAGCAUCGUUGAAAUGGAUAGUGGCGCUGCGUGCUUGCGCCCUCCUAUCUGGUAUUUGAAAAGUCAACUUCAAUCAAUAUAUCUCAAUUUUUGACCUCUGUAAUUGUUUGCGUUAUUACGGAAUUCUUUCAUAAGCAUAUGAAUUAAUAUAAACCUAUAUCUUUUCAGGUUCUGUGCUUAAUCGAUAUAUUUAGAUUCGAGUGAGCCUCUGUUUUGAUCAGCAACAUGCCGACUGAAAUGAUCACGCGGUAUCCCGAGAACAACAAAGUGGAAGCUCUGCCCUACGAGCUCAACUACAUGACAGAUGAGCUCAGAAAGCGAGCUAAGACAGAACUCUUUGAGGACGAGGACACGAGAGUUCACAGCCUCAGGCUGCUGAGGUCCAUGCUCAAAGAGGAAAAAGAUCUGCAUUUUCAAGAUGAAGAAUUGUUCCUCCUUGCUUUUCUCCGUGCCAGAAAGUUCGACGUGAAGCGGGCCUUCAACCUCAUGAAAACAUUCUACACUGUGAUGAACAAACACGACGAGCUUUACCACAACUUCAACUUCGAAGACGUCAGAACUACGAUUCGGGAGACGAAAAUCGGCUUCCUUCCUUACAGAGAUAGUGAAGGAUGCUGCAUCCUCAUCAUCAGUACCGUUGAUUGGGAUCCCUGCAGAAACCCACUUGGUGAUGUAAUGCGUGCACUCACAUCUGGUCUUCUUCAUGCCAUUCGAAGCCCCUCCACACAGGUGGCUGGAUUCAAAGUCAUCGUUGAUUUUGCCGGUGUUACUCUGAGGCAUGUACCACAUAUCUCGCCUACCUACCUGUGGCUCUUUGCCGAAGCAUUACAGAACUGCUUUCCAAGCCGAUUCCGGGCAGUGCACAUGGUCAACGAAGGACAUCUAUUUUCUUACACGUGGGCUGUACUAAAACAACUUUUGACCAAGAAGCUUCGAGAAAGGUUCCACUUCCACGGGAAGAAUGUGAAAAAACUCCACAAAUAUUUCUCUCCAAGCAUCCUGCCUGCAGAAUACUGUGGGGACCUUCCUCCCUUUGACACCAGCGAAUGGUUGGAAAAGAUGGAGGCCAGUUCAAACUACAUCACCCACGCCUACAGCUUCGGAUACAAAAAACACAACAAGAAAAGCAAAAACCAUUCUUGAAAACUUUAUUUCGGAGGCAAAUUUGAGCCCUUGCCAACGAACUAAAAGUUUGUAUAUAGAUUUAAAUCUACUGCGCAUGUCACACCGGUGCAGGAUCUGAUUGGAUAAUAGAAGAGGCGGCAGAAAAGAAUAAGGCCAUGAUGAGAUGCGAUUGUAUAAAUUAUUUCACGAGCCUUUAUACAUUAAAAUAAUAGUGUAUUAUCAUGCUUUUCAAAUUAAACUGAACUUAAUUUGCAUCAACUAAACUAAGUUCUAACGAUUCAAUUGAAAGGUUGGUGUUACAGUAUAACCAUUCGAACCAAACGUGUGGUUAAAACUGGUUCUAUUUAUUCAAUGUAAAAUAUUUUCAAGUUAUACAUCCGAUGUGAAGUUAAUAUGAAAUUAUUCUAUAAAAUAGAUAAAUAAUUACUAUUUACCGAUUAAAAAAAAAAGAUAAUUGUAAAUAGGGAGCAAUCCCAGCAGCCUAAACAGCCAAUCGGAUUUUCCGAGUGCGAUGAAAUUCGUGACGUGCGUUAGUAAGAUCCUCAGAGCUUUGAACUGUUGCUUUUAAGGUAGAUGUGGCGAAGUGAAAUACUAAAAAGAGAUUAUGUGAUUUUAUUUGUUCUUUGCUUGUAAAUAUUUCAUUGUGUACAGAUGUGCAAUUAUGUGAUCCGGAGAAUUUCAUUGUUGCUUUAUAUAUUUAUUUAAAAAAAAAAUGAAGAUCACGUUUUUAAAAUAUGAUACGCAUAAUUAUUGCAACUGGCACCCAAUAUUUAGUAAAAGCUGUGUCGCUUAAUAUGAAUAAGUGCAUAUAUAUUUUGUGUAAAUAAAUUAAUACUAAUUAAAUGUAAAUACAUGCAGUAUAUAACCUGUGUAUGUUUAGAAGAAUAUAUUCUUUACUUUUCCAAAAUUUUAAAAUCAAACUUAUCCAAAAAUCGUUCUUUUUCCGACAAUUAUACAGUUGAAUACAAAUCUUUUUUACUCCAUGUUUGAUAAAUUAAGAACAAAUGUAAAUAAAUAAUUUAUUUUCAUCUUGAAUCGAAACCAAAUGCAGUUAAAUCUGAGCAUUUUUUUUCUCAGAAUAAAAUCGAAGGAACUUGGGCAGGACCCAAGUGAACAUUUUCAGGUGAUUCAUCAUGAACUUUGUAAAUAGCACAUAAGGAAUACUGACUAUUUUUUAAUUUAAUCAUUUCUCUGCUUAAUGCUUCCCCAGAUCUAGUUAAAAUGAGUGAUAUAAUUUUAUCCUUUUCAAUUAUCUGGGAGCUUCUUUGUGUUUACAAACUGUUUGCAAAAUUUGAUAUUCAUUAUAAAAUGCAGUUAGUAAUGCAAGAAAUAAGUUUUCAAUUGAGUCCAAUAAUUUACUUAAAAGUAACUUUGAUAAAUUUAAAAUCCUCUAUUCGAUGCAAAAAAUAAUUUUCUUUUACUAGAAAGAGUCGAUUAAAAGUGUUCAAUAACCUUUUUAAAAUCUCAAUCCUAAUCUUAGUAUUUUUUUUUUAAAAUCGGAUGCUUCUAACUGAUAUAUUUUUAAUUUUAAAAAGUACAGUAGAACCUCAUUAAUCAGGAAAAUCCGAUCCCGGUCGUCCGAAAAUAGAAAAAUACAGAUUAAGCAAAACAACUUAUAAAUUUGUAUAUCAGUCCCUAACAAUUCCCAUUCGAAUAAGAAAACUUCGUGAAUAAAGUUAACUCUACCAUAAAAAUUCUAAUGAACAUGGAGAUAUAUAUCUAAAAGGCUUAUUGGAAUAAAGGUAAGAGUCCCAAAACCGAGUCAACAGAUCUUAAAGAUCCUCGUUAGAAUUAGGACAAUAGUCCCCAAAAAUCUCCAAUACAAUCUCGACAUUAGUCCCCCAAAAAUCCUUAGUUGAGUGAAGACAAAAGUCCUUAAAAAUCUCCCUUAGAGUAAGGACAACUGACCCCGAAAAGUUCUAUUUAAAUGAGGACAAUAUUACCCCUAACUCUCCAUUAGAAAAAGAAAAAACACUCCCAAAAGUUCAUGUAAUGUCCGGAAUAAGCGAAGUCCGGUUUUAUACGGUUCGGAUUAAUGAGGGGUUACUGUAUUUUAAUUAUAUCUUUUACAACUUUGGCAUUGGUUAGCAAUUAAUGAAAUACUAUUUAAUUUUGAAACAAUUUAUUUUAAUAGACAUGUUUUGUAAAGUUCCCAGAUAAUUCUGUGAUAAUGAAACUACAGCGCAUAAUCAUUAAAACAUCGUGGUAUAAAACUGAUGUUUAUAUUUAUGUAACUCGCUUUAUUAUGUAUCAAAGAAUUGUUUCCUGUGUUUAAUUUUAUCCAGAAUUUUCCUUUAUUAAGUUCUGGACAAACAAUUGCCUGAAUAUUUAUUCAGACAGAAAUAUUAAUGUAGUCAUUUUAAGCAUUCGUUUCCCGAUGUGAAACAGAUGAUAUUUUUUAGAAUGGUGAUCAAUUGUAUCAAAAAGGUUGCUUCUAGAUGAAGUGUACCAGAUUUUUCAAAGUUGACAAUUAUUCCCGCACGACUUAGCUGCGAUUUCUUGAAACUUGUAAACACGUUCACUUGAAUGACAACAUGCAAUUUAAUUUAGUUUUGUUUCAAGCUUUAAUAAUAUGCUAACAUUUUAUUCUUGAAAGUUGUUUCUCAAAUGAGGGGUUUUGAGUUCAAACUCAAUUUCAAAAAAGAAUAUUAAUAAAAUGUAUAACUUAUCAGGGCAGCAAUUUAUUUAAAUUGGCAAUGACUGGAAUUAAAAUUUUUGUGAAAAAAAGUUGGGAAUAUUUAAAAUCUUCAGUAGUAAUAGCUAAAUUUAAAAUUUUAUAGUUAAUUUAAUAAUGAAAUAAUGUGGCUUCAAAUCAUUUUGUACCGUAUUUACCAGCCGUAGAACCUCAGUCAAACACACGAGCCGUCGACUGAAGCCCUCUGAUUGGUUAAAGAAAACUUCGAUCGAUGGACGGUUUGACGAUCGAGGUUCAACUUGGCUGUUAAAUAUGGCCUUUAAUGCUUCAAACAAUAAUUUUCAAAAAAAUUUCUUGCAAUAUUCACUGAAACUAGUGUAACAUAACUUAAGAAAAUAUCUAUAAUCAUAUUUUAAUGCUCUUAUAAAGUAAUUUAUUACAAUGUAAAUUUAAUUUUUUGUUAAAUAAAUUUAAUUAACUAGUAAAUUAAUUGGGUAAUUGUUCCAUUACAUAAUUAAUUACUUGUUAUUACAUAAUUAUUAUUUUAAGUUCAAUAAAUAAGUUUUCAAUGAAGGAACAUUUUAACUUAAUAGGAAAUAAUUAAAUUCAAAAAUAAAAAUCAUCGUAAUUACUUUAACUAAAAGGUUUUCUAAAUGUAAAACUCAACUUUUAACAUUGUACUAUCGAUAGAAUAAUUUUAGGUGCAUUAAAUUUUUUAAUUGCAUUGUCAAUUUACUUUCUUGAAAGAAAAUGCUUCCCUGCUAAGGCAUUUACAAUAUAUGACUAUUUCCAGGCCUGUCAUUUGGGGGAUCAGAUGGAGUUAUUUCACCCGUCCUGGUUUUCAGUAUAAUAAUGUAUUUAUAUAUGUAUGUAAAUAUUCUGUCAUUUUCCCCCUGUAAUUUGUAAUUUUGUCCCCUCACCUCCCAGGAAACUUUGAAAUGACGGGCCUGAAUUAUCUUAAAGCUUUAUUUUCAGUAUGAUUUAUUGAUUUUUCAAAAAAUAUUUAAAAAAAAAUCAUUUCUUGAUUGAAAAAGAAUUCAAAGCUUAGUCAUUUCAAAGCAGUGUUUGUAAAUAUGUAUCGUCUACUUUCAUACGAGUUGUUGAAAGGAAUUAUUUACCUCAUUUAAUUGUUGUUUACUUCGCUUAUUUGUUUGUGAUUUCAGUUUAUGUGUAACAUUUAUUCAUUGUUAAUAAACAAAUUUGUUUUUUUUUUAAAA